CAUCCGAGAUGUUAAUGCUAUGGAACGAAGGUAGGAAGUAUGCAGCUUCACAGUUUACUAUUUGGUUGCGACUGAGUAGUGUGAUUUACUAUAUUUAGUUGUAAUCGGACGAUGCGGUUUACUCUUUUUUCGAAUGCUGCUAUUCCUGCCGGGGAGUUGCUUACUAUGCGGUUUCACAUUGCAUAGUAAGCAAUCUAACAAUUUGUAUCAGCCAUCUCACUCAAUCCAAGAACACCACCAGAAACCCUAUCUUGUGCAGCUACCAUGUCGGGCUGCACCACUGACUGGAGCAAUGUCACCCUCGAAACAUUCAACCAGACACUCCUUAACGAUACCUCUCUGUGUACUUCCUGCACCUGCCCUCUCGUCCUCGAUGGUGUUCAGCUCUCCUGGGUGAGAUACUAUCCAUCCCUGGCUGGUAAUGUGCUGUUCACAGCUAUCUUCGGCCUAUGCCUUGUCCUGCAGCUCUUCUUCGCUAUCCAGCACAAGACAUGGGGCUUCUUGGUCGCUAUGACUAUAGGUUUGCUGCUCGAAAUAAUCGGGUAUGUCGGUCGCCUUCUUCUGAGGGCUGAUAUGUUUUCUUUCUCGUGGUUCCUGAUGUACCUGGUCUGUCUUACAAUCGGGCCGGCCUUCUUCUCUGCAGCCAUCUACCUCACACUGUCGCGUCUAAUCAUCAUUUAUGGACGGGACAAAGCGCGCUUCCGCCCGCAGAUCUAUACCUACGUCUUCAUCACUUUCGACGUGAUUGCCCUAGUCCUGCAAGCAGUUGGCGGCGCUGUUGCCUCGGUUGCGUCGGCUUACUCGUCACUACAGAACGCUGGCGUUCAUACAAUGGUCGGCGGGCUCGCCUGGCAGGUCUUUUCUCUAGCACUGUUUGGUCUGUUGAGUCUCGACCUUUGGUGGCGCGUUAUCCAUAGCCCUCCAAGGAAUGAACCAAUGAACCGGACAUUUGAAUCACUACGGUCGCGUCGGUUCUUCCAGCCCUUCUUCAUGAUCGCCUUCUUCUUUGCAGGCCUAUUUAUCUUUGUGCGGUCUGUUUUUCGUUGCGCCGAGCUAUCGAACGGGUUCGGUGGUGCGCUGGCCAACGACCAGAUUACGUUCAUGGUGCUGGAAGGGGCCAUGAUGGUCCUAGCAUGCGGCCUUCUCACCUUCUUCCACCCGGGCUUGAUAAUUGGAAGAAAAGCGUGGGCAAUGGCGAGCUGGAAGCAAAACAAUCGAGAUAGUUCUUCAGAAGAAGGGUCCUACAGGCUGAGCAAAACCGAACACUAA